GUGAACUUCAAUAAUAUCAAUUAUAUAUUCUAAUAGAAGGAACCUCUUUUAUUUUUUUAUUUAACAAAAACUACUUGUAUAUUCAUGUAGAUCUAAUCUACAGUGUCCAUUUUUUUGGUCCUAAUCUUAGAUCCUCAGUUGUCAAACUAAAGAGACAACCUUCUCUGCCUAUGUGUUUACGAACUCAGGUUUAAAGUUUAGUUCCAAGAAUUUUACCAAACUGUUCUACGGAUCACUAAGACCAAAUUUCUAAACAUAGAAAGUAUCAACAGAUAUCAUUGGGAUUGGAUAAGUUUCUAGAAAUGGAAAGUUCCAAGAACAAUAGAGUGGAGAAAAGAGGGUAUGAGCUAGUUGAGGAGGUUGAGGAUGCACAACACCAUCUAACUCAGUCAAAGAAGCCAAAACUACCUGGUUUAGCCAGUGUAAUUGUGGAAGCCUUAAAGGUGGAUAGUUUGCAGAGACUUUGCUCAUCUUUGGAACCUCUUCUCAGAAAAAUUGUCAGUGAAGAAGUGGAGCGUGCUUUGGCAAAAUUGGGCCAUGCUAAACUGGUCGAAAGAUCAUCACCUCCAAGAAUAGAAGGACCAGGGGCAAAGAAUCUGCAGCUUCAUUUCAGAACAAGAAUGCCACCACACUUGUUCACAGGGGGAAAGGUUGAUGGAGAGCAAGGAGCAGCAAUUCAUGUUGUCUUGCUGGAUCCAAAUACAGGCAAUGUUGUUCAAGUUGGACCAGAAUCAGUUGCGAAAUUGAAUGUGGUAGUACUUGAAGGUGACUUUAAUGAGGAAGUUGAUGAUGAUUGGACAAAAGAGCACUUUGAAAGCCAUGAAGUAAAGGAACGUGAGGGGAAAAGGCCUCUUCUAACUGGAGACUUGCAGGUUAGCCUAAAGGAAGGGGUAGGAACCUUAGGUGAUCUUACUUUCACUGACAAUUCAAGCUGGAUCAGAAGCAGAAAAUUCAGGCUUGGGGUUAAGGUUGCUCCUGGAUAUUGUGAAGGGACUCGUAUUCGUGAGGGAAAGACUGAUGCCUUUGCUGUUAAAGAUCAUAGAGGAGAAUUAUACAAGAAACACUAUCCACCUGCUUUGCAUGAUGAAGUUUGGAGAUUGGAUCGGAUAGCGAAGGAUGGGGCACUUCACAAAAAAUUGAUUCAAGCAAAAAUAGCAACUGUAGAAGAUUUCUUACGUAUUCUUGUUCGUGAGCCACAGAAGUUAAGAAGUAUACUUGGUAGUGGAAUGUCCAACAGAAUGUGGGAGAAUACUGUGGAGCAUGCCAAGACAUGUGUCUUGGGUGGCAAGCUCUUUGUUUACUACACUGAUGGAACCAACAGCGCUGGCAUUGUGUUCAACAAUAUAUACGAGCUGAGAGGCCUUAUUGCUGAUGGCCAAUUCUUCUCUUUGGAAUCACUUACUCCAAAUCAAAAGAUGUCUGUGGAUUCCUUGGUGAAGAAAGCAUAUGAAAAUUGGGACCAAGUUGUAGAAUAUGAUGGAAAAGUUUUGAAUUCUCUUAGUAAUUCAAAAAAGGGAUCAAGAUCUGUAGCUUCUCAUACAAUAUAUCACAACAGUUUCCAGGAGCAGCAGUAUACCUCUGCAAAGAACAGGAUGUCAUAUGUUUCCUCAGAACCAAAUCAACAUUUGCAAAUAACAAAUAACUAUGCAUCUGGUCCUGGUUUGAGUGAUUAUCCAUUUGGAAGAUGCGAUAGUCAGAUGGUAGGGACAUCCUUAAAUAACUCUCAAUUAGCAUUGCCAGGCAGCAUGAAUUACAUGUCAAGUGAAAAUCCUGAAAUUGAAGGUCCUUAUUUUGGUGGCGAUUGGUCCCGGCCAAGAAAUGAACAAGGAUUAGAAGACAUUGUCGCAGAAGAACUCCGGCUUAGGAGUUCAGAAAUGUUGGAGAGUGAUGAUAUGCAGAGGUUACUUAAGACAAUUAAUGCAGGAGUUAGCAUGUCAACUAAUCUUGGUCAUUCUAGUGAAAGUUGUUAUGCUUAUAGCCUUCAGUAUGAGCCUCAAAUGUAUCAUUCAUUUGGUGAGCAUCAUGGGAAGUCUUCAGGGAAAGCUGUUGUUGGGUGGCUUAAGCUCAAAGCUGCUUUAAGGUGGGGCAUAUUUAUCAGAAAAAGAGCUGCACAAAAGAGAGCACAGCUCACUGAGUUGAAUUGAGUUAAAUGCUUUGAAGUGGACAUUUUCAACUCAUUCAAGGUGUUUGGACUAAAACUAAAAAAAUCUAAUGCAAUGCAUACAAGACUUUGAGACAAUGUAGAAGAUAUAUAGCAUUUCAAGUUUUCAACAGUGGGUUGAAGUUGGAACUAAUGCAUAAUGUGUCUACAAAUUCAAAACUGCAACCUAGGACAGGCUGAGAUUAAAUAUUUGGCAGCACUGUCUUGUAACAGGCUCUCUUACUGUGGCAUUUUCCCCCUUAUUAUUGUGUAAUUUAAUUAUUUUUUUAUUUUCAUUUCUUACUGUUUCAUUUACUGAUCAAAAGUUUGUAUGUAAUGUUUCUUGUUUUUAUUAUUUUAUGAUACUGUAUCAUGAAAUAUUUCUGAGCACUUACCAUAUGUAAUAAAAUAAAUUUUAAUGAAGAAAAUUAGACAAUUUAUG